AUGACGGUCACAACUUGUGUUAAAAUGUUCUUUUAUCGAGUAGCAUUUUUUCUUCUUCUUAUCUCAUGUUUCAUAGCCUUCAUCCAGGCUGAAAAGCAUUUAAAUGCUAAUGGACCAUUUGGAAAACGUCAUACAGUUCAUAAUGAACCAAGUCCAUAUGCUUGCGAUAGAGGUGCAGGUAUAUCAUCAUCAUCAAUUUUUCGUCGACGAACUCAAACGAUACAAAAUAUAAAAGUAUCUAAAACAGUUUAUAUGAGUACUGAUCAGAUUCAAAUAACAUGGACAUCAAAAUCACCUUCAUGUAAAGAUGAUUUUAUUGGUAUUUAUUACAAUGAAACUUUUCUUACAGCAGCUUGUGAUUAUUUUGAUUUUGAAUUUAUUCAAAAUAAACAAACAACUAUGUUAUGGCAAAUGAUUAAUCUUCGUCGUCCUUUACAUUUUCGUUAUUAUUCACGUGAUAAUACAUGUUCAGGCAAUUAUUCUCUUAUUGCUAUAUCUCCUAUCGUUCAACCACUUAAUUAUAAUGAACCAACUCAUAUUCAUAUAGCUUAUGGUGAUCGUUUUGAUCAAAUGUUUGUUUCUUAUUUAACUAAUUCAUCACAAUAUAUUCCUCAAUGUCAAUAUGGAUUAUCUCCAUCAUUAUUAAAUUUGUAUCAAAAUGGAACAACAACAACAUAUACAGCAUCAGAUAUGUGUGAAGGAAAAGCUACACUUUGGGGUCCCCAAUCAUUUAUUGAUCCAGGUUAUAUGCAUACAAUUCUACUUGAAGAUCUUCGUUCAUCAACAACAUAUUUUUAUCGAGUUGGAAAUGAUAAACAUGGAUGGUCAUCUAUUUAUUCAUUUCAAAAUCGUCCAUCAACUAAUGAUGAAACUGUAUAUAUGAUUGCAUUUGGUGAUAUGGGUUUAUCACCAGUUGAACCAGGUGCAAAAUCUACAAUUGAUCGAGUGACAGCAAGAAUAAUGUCAAACAAUAUAACUUGUUUAUUACAUAUUGGUGAUAUUAGUUAUGCUCGAGGUGUCGGAGCUCUAUGGGACUCUUUUAUGACACAAAUUCAACCAAUAGCAGCUCGUGUGCCAUAUAUGGUCGGAAUAGGUAAUCAUGAAUAUGAUCAUGUAUUAGGUGGUGAAAAUGAUCCAAGUGGUGCACCAGGUCCUGGAGGAUUUCGACCAGACUGGGGUAAUUAUGGUUAUGAUUCAGGUGGUGAGUGUGCUGUACCAAUGGUCCACCGUUUUCAUUCACCAUCUAAUGGUAAUAGUCUUUUUUGGUAUAGUUUUGAUGUUGGUCCAGUUCAUGUUACUUAUUAUUCAACUGAACAUGAUUUUCGUUAUUCAUCACCACAAUAUACAUGGCUUGAAAAUGAUCUUCGUUCAGUGAAUCGUACUCGUACACCAUGGAUUAUUGUUGGUGCACAUCGACCUAUGUAUGCAUCAGAAACUGAUGAACCUCAAGAUUUUAUUAAAAUAAUGUUACAAGUUUAUUUGGAACCAUUAUUUUAUAAAUAUCAUGUUGAUGUAAAUCUUUUUGCACAUAAACAUUCCUAUGAACGAACAUGUCCAAUGUACAAAGAACGAUGUAUUAGCGAUGGUAUAACACAUGUAUUAAUUGGUAUGGCUGGACAAGAUAUAGAUAGUGGUGAAUAUUCCGGUGCUGAAUGGAGUAUGUAUUAUGAUCAAGAAUAUGGAUAUACUCAAUUAUGGGCUAAUCGAACAUAUUUUCAUUUUACAUAUUAUCAUAAUGAUAAUGAUGCACUUAUUGAUCAAUUUGUACUUAAAAAAUAA